UUAGUUGUCUGACUGCUACACUGUAGCUACCAUUCAUUCAAACACUCUGGAUAGCUACACUGUAGCUCUAGAACGUUCAUGAACAUUUUACGUACCCCACACUAUUUGGACUUAACUUUUUUCUUAACCCAGCACCAGAGGAGAAGAUUCCAGGAUAUUUUCACUUCUCUAUUUGUGACGGGACGCUAAUGUGGACGCGCUGGCAUGACGUCAGGCCACGCCUCCUUGCUGUCAUCAAAUAGUCGAGGCACGGGCUACCUGGGAUGGACCCUGGAGAUCGUCUGCUGCGCUCUGGCACUGGUCGUCUGCCCAGUGCAGGCGGCGUCGUUUGUUGUUUCAGGCUGUGCUGACGGCACGCGAGAGGGUCUCCACGGGUCAGAGAACACGGCCGCCUGCGAGGGCGCCUGGGCCGGACACAUCACCAACGCCAAUUCGCUCUGCGCCCCGGGCUGGAGGGUGUGCACGUCCUUCGACGUCCAGAUUCUCCGCAACAUCACGUGGCUGGAGGCACAGAGGGUGCCCGGAUGUCUGGCGUACAAUGCCGCACAAGAUGGCGGACGGUGCCGGGAGUGUCGGGGUGACUUAGAGCACGACGACCUGGCCGGUAUCGGCUACCAAUGUCCGCACCAGACGGCCGGCCAGAGCUCCUGUAUCACGGGUGGCAGGAUCGAUUCCAGCUGCUGCACCGACUCCCACUUCAACACGGCCUGUCAUUUCAAGCCGGGGGUCAUGACAGGUGUCAUCUGCUGCCGACUUCCAGCCAAGAAACCCAACAUUGUGGUCAAACCCCCAGAGCGACACAGGGUGUACAAGGACUUGAUCAUCAUCCUGACCUGCCAGGCUUCGGGCAUGCCCCCACCCCGGGUCCAGUGGUACAAGGACGGACGGACGUUGUCUCCGGGGAAUGGGCGCAUCUCCAUAUUGUCUUCCGGUGAGUUAUUGGUAACACUGGCAAGAAAAUCAGACACCGGCCUUUACACCUGUGAGGCGAUCAAUGAGGAGGGAAUAGACACAGCCAGUUCUUUCGUGCAAGUUGCUGAGUACACAUCAGGCUGCGCCGAUGGCACCACGGACGGUCUACAGAUGCACCGCGACAUCCAGGCGUGUCAGGGCGCGUGGGAGGGUCACGUGCGUCUGGGGAAGUCCCUGUGCACCAAGGGCUGGCGGGUGUGCAGCCCCCGCGACCAGAGGAGUCUGCAGGAGCUGACCACGUACGAGCUCUUCGACCUGCCCGGUUGCUAUGGUUACAACGCUGCCAGCAGGCGGAACAGGUGCAAGAGCUGUAAGGCCAGCAAGAUGGCGGGUGUGGGCAAGGACUGUGGUUGGGUCAACUACGCCCACUCCUCCUGCCUGUCCUAUGGUCGAGUGGACGUCUUUCCUCUCAACGUGACGUCAUCCUGCGACUACACGCCCGGUCUCACCACGGGCGUCCUGUGCUGCAGGAAGUCUUUGAAAGACCGGAAGUUGAAGUGUAGCCCUACGUGUAAAAAUGGCGGCGAAUGUCUGGCCUUCAACAAAUGUAGCUGUAAACCAGGCUACAAGGGGGCACGGUGUCAAUUACCCAUCUGUGAGCCAGCCUGCGGCGUGAAGGGAGUUUGUGUCAGCCCCAACACCUGCCUGUGUAACGCGGGCUACACGGGGCCCGCGUGCCGACAGAAGGAACACUCAUGUAGAACCCCUUGUCUCAACGGCGGCCGCUGCCACCUGGGGAAAUGCAAAUGUCCUGAGGAUUUCCACGGCAAGGCCUGCCAGUUUGGCAUCUUUACGGGACGAAGUUGA